GUCCGACAACAAGGGAGGAGAGAUGAUGAGCAGGGUGUGCGUCACCGGAGCCGCCGGCUACAUCGCGGCCUGGCUCGUGAAGAAGCUCCUGGAGCGAGGCUUCAUCGUCCACGCCACCCUGAGAAACCUCCGUGAUGAGAAGAAGACGGCGCUCCUGAAGGCGCUCCCUGGCGCGGCGGAGCGGCUGACGCUGUUCCAGGCGGACGUCUACGACGCCGCAACCUUCGAGCCGGCCAUCCAGGGCUGCGAGUUCGUCUUCCUCGUCGCCACCCCGCUUCUGCACGACGCCACCAGCACCAAGUACAAGAACAUCACCGAGGCUAUCGUGGACGCCCAUCGCAUGAUCCUGCAACAGUGCGAGCGGUCCAAGACGGUGCGGCGCGUCAUCCACACGGCCUCCUGCCUGGCUGCAUCGCCGCUCAAGGAGGAUGGUGAUGGGUACAAGGACUUCGUCAACGAGUCAUGUUGGUCUCCACUCAACGUUACCUAUGGCUACAGCAACUUCCACCUCGACGGGUACGUGACAUCCAAGAGCCUAUCAGAGAAGGAGCUGCUGAGGUACAACGAGAAGGGGGAGGACAGGGCGUUCGAGGUGGUCACACUGGCGUGCGGGCUCGUUGGCGGUGACACCAUCCAGCCCAUCCUGUGGAGCAGCAUCCCGUUGGUGGUGUCUCCACUCACUGGCAACGAGGCCUACCACAACUCUCUCAAGUUCAUGCAGGCGGUCAUGGGCUCCGUGCCGCUGGUGGACAUCGAGGAUGUAUGCGAUGCACACCUCUUCUGCAUGGAGCAACCGGCCAUGGCCGGCAGGUUCUUGUGCAUCGCUGGAUACCCCACCAUGCAGGAUUACGUUGCCCGCUUUGCUACCAACCACCCCGAGCACAAGAUACUCCUCAAGAAGGUGGUAGGAGAUGGAGUAAGGGUGCAGGGCAACACCAACAAGCUUGGGAAACUAGGGUUCAGGUACAGAUAUGGGGUGGAGGAGACGCUGGACCGCAGCGUGGAAUGCGCCAAGAGAUUGGGAGAGCUCUAAACUACUACGCCACCACAUACCUCAACUCUGCUAUUGUAAAGGACGGACCCGGGCCGACGUGCCACCAAUA